AUGUUCAAGCUUGCCCGUAGCCGCCCAUUUGCGACGGCCUUCCGUGCUGCGACGGGGCCCCCCAGAAUCGCUCAGCAACAGAGAAACCUCUCCAUCCACGAGUACCUGUCCGCAAAUUUGCUGAAGUCGUAUGGCAUCGGCAUGCCCAAGGGCGAGGUCGCCCGUUCCGCUGAGGAAGCCGAGGCUGUCGCCAAGUCGCUCGGUAACGACGACAUGGUCAUCAAGGCUCAGGUCCUCGCUGGCGGUCGUGGUAAAGGUCACUUCGACAAUGGCCUCAAGGGAGGUGUGCGCGUGAUUUACUCGCCCACCGAGGCUAAAAUGUUCGCCGGCCAAAUGAUCGGACAAAAGCUCAUCACCAAGCAAACUGGCGCCGCUGGCCGUGCUUGCAAUUCCGUCUACAUCUGUGAGCGCAAGUUCGCCCGCAGGGAAUUCUACCUCGCCGUUCUCAUGGACCGUGGCUCUCAGACCCCCGUCAUUGUCGCCUCAUCGCAGGGUGGUAUGGACAUUGAGGCUGUCGCCAAGGAAAACCCCGAGGCUAUCAUCACCACUCCCAUCGACAUCAACGUUGGCGUUACCGACGAGAUCGCCCGCAACAUUGCCACCAACCUUGGCUUCUCUGAACAAUGCAUCGAGGAUGGCAAGACCACCAUCCAGAACCUGUACAAGGUCUUUAUGGAGAAGGAUGCCACUCAGAUUGAGAUCAACCCUCUUUCGGAGACCUCCGACCACCAGGUUCUGGCCAUGGAUGCUAAGCUGGGCUUUGACGAAAACGCCGAAUUCAGACAGAAGGAGGUCUUCUCGUGGAGGGACACCACCCAGGAGGACGCUGAUGAGGUCAAGGCUGCUGAGCACGGGUUGAACUUCAUCAAGCUUGACGGUGACAUUGGAUGCUUGGUCAACGGCGCUGGUCUCGCCAUGGCCACCAUGGAUAUCAUCAAGCUCAACGGCGGUAACCCUGCCAACUUCCUUGACGUUGGCGGUGGUGCUACCCCCGCUGCUAUCAAGUCCGCUUUCGAGUUGAUCACCAGCGACCCCAAGGUUUCUGCCAUUUUCGUCAACAUUUUCGGUGGUAUCGUCCGCUGUGACGCCAUCGCCCAGGGUCUGAUCAACGUUGUUCAGGAGAUGGGUCUCCGCACUCCUAUCAUUGCCCGUUUGCAGGGUACCAACAUGGAGCAGGCUAACAAGCUGAUCAAUGACUCUGGUCUCAAGAUCUUCUCCAUUGAAGACCUCCAGAACGCUGCCGAGAAGUCGGUUCAGUUCUCGAAGGUUGUCAAGAUGGCUCGCGAGAUUGACGUCGGUGUUGAGUUCACUCUCGGCAUCUAA